UACUUAUUUAUUAUUAAUUAUAAAGUUGGCAACGUUCAGUGCCAUCCAAUAAUUAUUUUAGCUACAUUGUGGGAAAAUUUCUUCAGAUUUCACAGGAUGGCUGCUGCAAAUAAACUUGGUCUUUUGAGCCGAUCCCUUAGCUCUACAACCCAAUUUGUAAAGCCUCCUGUUCAGGUUUUCGGUUUGGAAGGUCGGUAUGCUACAUCCUUAUAUUCAGCAGCCUCCAAGCUAAAGCAGUUGGAUCAAGUGGAGAAAGAUCUGAAUGCAUUGCAGGUUGCCUUAAAGAGUAAUGUUUCGCUCCGUAUGGCCGUUACCAAUCCCAUAAUUAACAAAAAGUUGAUGUCGAACACACUUAAGGAGACCGCAGACAAACUAAAGAUGGCACCAGCAACUGGAAAUCUAUUAGGUCUUUUGGCUGACAAUGGUCGUUUGAAAAAUUUAGAUACGGUUAUAAAUGCCUAUAAGACCAUUAUGGCAGCUCACCGCGGGGAAGUUGUUUGCGAAGUCGUCACAGCCAAGCCAUUAGAUUCAUCCCAGAGCAAACAAUUAGAGUCAGCUCUUAGGUCGUUUUUGAAGGGCAACCAACAGCUGAAGAUCACAUCACGAGUGGAUCCUAGCAUUAUUGGUGGAUUAAUUGUGUCUAUCGGAGAUAAAUACGUUGAUAUGAGCAUUGCCAGCAAAGUUAAACUGUAUACCGAUGUAAUUACUUCAUCGGCAUAAGUAAAAGUGUUAUAACUGAAAGGAAUGAAUGUAACAAAUACAUAAGAUCAUUUACCAAGCGAGAAUAAAAUAAUUGAUUCUUAAUCUUUGAUCGUUAA